AUGUGUAUCAUCGUCACAGCUUCCUGCUGGCCGACAAUCACCUCACCACGAGAUUCGGCGCCGCUCCUCGGCCUAGAACCUUCUAAGAACGAUCUCUGGCGCGGAGCUGGAGGAGCCAGAUCAGACUUCAGACCGGGAACAGGAAUCACGGGAUGGCGGUUCCACAUCGAGAGCAGUCGCACGAGGGAAGCGCCCAACAGCCCCGGCAGCCUGUCAACGUUGUCGACAGAGGAAGAUCAAGAUGGCCAACCAAUACAUCAGGUCUCGGCACGGCCAUGGACGGCCAUCACUACAAGCGAUGAAGCAGUGUCACAUCUUGUGUCGCUCUUCCUUGCCUGGAUGAAUCCAACCUGGCGUUUCGUAGAACAGGACAUUUUUCUGCGAGGUAUGCGUUCGAAACAGCUCGACUCAGACUUCUGCUCGUCCUUCCUGGUCAAUAGCAUUUGCGCUAUUGCGAGUGUACGUCGUGAUGUGACUUUUCAUGGAUCGUGGAGACGCAUGCUUACCCAACACAAGUUACAAUCUGAGCACGAAGUUGCUUUUUCGGGCGAAGGCCGAGAUAGGAUCACUCGCGGUCGACAUUUUCAUGACGAAGCCCUUCGUUUGUGGGCGCUCGAAGAGUAUCGCCCAAGCCUCACCAACAUCCAGGCAUUGUGUAUAUUGAGCCUCAAGUCAAACUAUCGGGCCAAGGAUAGAUUAGGCCUGACACUCAUUCCGAUUGCAGUGCAGCUGAAUAACGAGCUACCACUCAACGAGUACCAACGACGGUACGUAGACAAUGACUUUUACAGGCGUGACUUUGCAGUUGCAAGGCUUUCCACCCACUGGACAGCCAAGUGUACGCACAUAAUCAUGAGACUUGCUUUCAUGAGCCCCGCCACCGUCACAGCCAAUGUGUCUGGCCUGCCCAAGAUCCGUGAGGUAUACGACGACAGAAGCGAGCCCUGGAUAGGCUAUCCGUUCACAACAGACGCCGUCGCCUACAGACCGACGAUGUACCUCGUUGAGCGGUGUAGACUCGCCGAGUUGUUCCAAGAGAUGCAUGACUUGAUCUUCACCCAGCGCAGGAUGAGUAUCCGCGAGUUUGCAACGGCGCUAGAUCAACUUUCGUCGAGGGUGCAGCAGUGGUAUCAGCAUCUGCCUUUUGAACUGCACUAUGAAUGGCCGAUGAGUAUCUACAUUUGGGAGCUUCACGCCUCCUAUCUCACCUCUCUCAUGAUCCUCUGGUGUGCGGCGAAGACGAAGUUCGAACAACGACAGGAGACUUCCGACUACCCGCAAUCAUCGACAGGAACGACCGGCGGUGAUGACCACGAUGACGCCCACUUCAGAUCGCAGAUGGCACAAAAAAGGCUGUCAAGUUCAAUCUUACUCGCCCACAAAGCCGCCGAAAUGCUAAGAGACUUCCGAGAGCGAUAUGGGUUGAAAGUGACGCCAGCAUGGCUACUGCAGCUGCAGGCCGUGACGGCUGGCGUCUUGCUGCAAGACCCCGAACUGGCAGAUCCUACCAUCAUCUCCUCACCAGAGGUCAAUGCCUCGGAUCGAUCUAUCCGAAAUUCACAUGCCGCCUUUGACGAAGUCUUUCGCUGUCUGCUGGGGACAGGCGUCGAGGUAAUGAUUGCUAGAGGCAUCGCCCGCAUGAUGUACCACACUGCGCUGGACAGAUAG